UUUCCGUUUGGUUACGUGUUGUGUACGGUGCGGCUACUUACAGAUAAUAAAACCGGUGUGUCUCGUGGCAAAGAAGUUUCACGUAUGGUACAUGAUGAAAUUUAUGAAUAAAUUCUUCUGUUUUCUUACAAUAUUAAAAAUUGUAAAUGCCGGUGGUCCAACGCUUGUUCUACUUGAUAAUUUAGCAAUAAAGGAAACACAUUCUAUAUUUUUUAAAUCAUUACAGGAUAGCGGAUACACAUUAACAUUUAAAUUAGCAGAUGAUGCUAAUUUAUUACUCUCCAAAUAUGGAGAAUAUUUAUACAAACAUUUAAUAAUAUUUGCCCCAUCCGUGGAAGAGUUUGGUGGUGCCUUAAGCGUUGAGGCAAUAACUGACUUCAUAGAUGGGGGUGGUAAUGUAUUGGUUGCUGGUUCAUCUCAAUCUGGAGAUGCUUUACAUGAAUUAGCCUCUGAAUGUGGCUUUGAAAUUGACGAAGAGGGUUCUGCAGUAAUUGAUCACUUGAACUAUGAUGUUUCUGAUAAUGGAUAUCAUACAAAGAUAGUAGCAGAUCCUUCCAACUUAAUAGAUGCUCCUGUUAUUGUUGGAAGCAAAGAUGUAAAACCUUUACUUUACCAGGGAACUGGGUUAAUAGCAGAUGUAGAAAAUCCAUUGAUUUUACGUCUGUUAACUGCAUCUAGUUCAGCAUAUUCAUAUAAUCCACAAAAUCCAAUAAAAGAAUAUCCACAUGCAGUUGGCAAAAAUACAUUGCUAAUUGCAGCUCUGCAAGCUAGAAAUAAUGCAAGAGUUGUAUUCUCUGGUUCCUUGUAUUUCUUCAGUGAUGAAGCAUUUACUAGUUCCAUUCAAAAAGCUCAAGAUGGGCAGAAAUAUGAAAAAUCCGGAAAUGAGGCUGUGGCAACCAUGAUUGCUCGCUGGGUCUUCAAAGAAAAUGGUGUAAUACGUGUUGCAGCAGUUCAUCAUCACAGAGUAGGAGAAUCUGAACCACCAGCAGCAUACACCAUAAUGGAUGACGUUGUUUAUUCCAUCGAUGUGCAGAAAUUGUCGGGAGAUAAAUGGGUUCCUUACGAAACGAACGACUUACAAUUGGAAUUCGUCCGUAUUGAUCCAUUUAUCCGAAUGACAAUGAAACCGGUAGGAAAUGGCCGUUACGAAGCUAGAUUCAAGAUCCCCGAUGUUUAUGGGGUGUAUCAAUUUAAAGUCGAUUAUACUCGCAUUGGUUUAACGCACUUGUACAGCACAACGCAAGUGUCGGUCCGUCCUUUACAGCACACGCAAUAUGAACGCUUUAUUCCGAGCGCAUUUCCUUAUUAUAUAAGCGCGUUUUCAAUGAUGGGCGGCGUAUUUUUGUUCUCACUUGUAUUCCUUCAUUACAAGGAAGACACGAAACCUAAAUCUGAAUAAACUUAAUAUAUAGUCAAAUUAAUUCGUACGUAUGUUUUUGAAUGGGUUACGCACAUACGUUGUAUCGUUUUCUGAAUGUAUGUACAUACAAAUUCUAAAUUUAACCUUGGAACAAAAUGCAUUUACACACGCGUGUAAAAUAAAACCUCUGUAUUUAUUAAAUAAAAUAUUAGAAACUUAAGUAAAAUGAAGAAAAAGUUCAAGUAUCGCACGAAGUUGUUAUGAUAUCAUUGUCAAAAAUGUUUUUACAAUUACAGUAAUAAAUAAAGAAAUGUAAAUGAAUA